UUGGUUCUUCUUCACUUCCCAUAUUUCCUGCAUCAGUGCCUGAUUUGUUCGAAGCUCUUGUUAGUUUGGUGUUAGCUAGGUCCAGGUCAUCCUCUCCGUUUUUGAAGCAGGAGCCACCGUGGUCUGCCGAACACACACCCUAGUUCCCACCGCCACUGCCUUCUCUUAUGCGUGUGCUGGUGUUGUAGUUAUUUUGUCAGCUUUUGAAUUUCAGCAGUCGAUUCUUGUAGUUUUGAUUGUCACGUUCACAAAUGGAUCUGUUGCUUGUGGAGAACGAUAUUCCGGGCUCUUCGCUGAGAGGAAGGAAGCCUGAUGACCUUCACGUGGCAGAACUGAAGCGCUGGCUUUCUUGCCGUGGCGCUUCACGCAAGGGAAAGAAAUCCGAACUUGUGAAGCGGGUCCACACGUACAUCGCGAAUGGGCUCGACCAAGAGCUUGUAGAUCCUGACGGCGGAGCAAACAUUGACCGCAAGCGUAAAGCCAUUGCUGAGUCUGGAGGCAGCAACACCCCUGAAGAUUUGCUGGUGCAGUAUCCGGAAGUCGGCUGGUCCAACUCCCUCCGGACAGUUCCUGAAGUUAAAUUUCCUGCGAUCUAUCAACACUUCAUGGAGAAGUCUUUGGUGGGAUCAGCUAGGAGCAGUCUGGCUACAGCCCCCUCUGAUAGUGACUUGUCCGAAUCAGAGGUAUUCAGCUCCUUCAAAGGGAUUGACAAGGGGUACAAUUUCUUUCGCUCUGGGCACGUCCAGAAGCUUGAGUUGGCUGAUGGUACGGGCUGCUCCUUUGUGCGUUGCACCGUACUUCCCUCCAUGAAGAAGUGUGAUCCCUACCGGACAAAGGUAUGCCUUCAUCCUGAUGGUAUGGUAAAGGCUGCCAUAUGCACAUGCACCGCAGGCUUGGCUGGCUGCUGCAACCAUGUCGCUGGGCUACUCUACGCACUGGAGGAGUUCGUCCGUUUCGGGUUAAAGGCUGACGACCCGACAUCUCCAACCUCUCGCCUGUGCCAGUGGAACAGACCUCGCUCGAAGAAGGUAGUACCACAGCGCGUGGCAGACAUUCGAUUGGCAAAGGCCAGUUUCUCCGGGAAGCGGACGAGUUUGAAGAGAGCGGAGUAUAACGUCAUUCCGCCCAACAAACGGAUCUUGGAUCCCGCUGAAGUUGAGAAGUUCAAGGGUGACCUGCAAGCAGCACAUGCGUCCGCCAUCAGUACUGAUAAAUCCGGCAAUGUUGCACGUUAUGGGUCGUCCACGUGGUUAACGGCACUCCAGGCAGCAGACGCCGCGGAUAGCAGCACAGACAGUGACACCACUAGUGCCUCGUCCGACUCAGGCAGUGACAUGGAGCCUCAACCUGUGGCAUCAGCUGACUCGCAGCAUGCCUUUGCAUCUUGUGACCACUUCUACCAGGCCAAGGUGGUCAUAUCGUCUGGAGAAAUAGCAGACCUUGAGAGGGCAACACGGGGGCAAAGUACCUGCCCGCGCUGGUUCGUUGAGCGCCGGCUUCGCGUCACUGCUUCUAGUGUUAAGCAGAUUAUUUCCCGGAGGAUUCCAGAUUUCACGCCAAUUGUUCGCCGAAAGUUGUGUGGAGACUUCCGCGGCAACAAGGCAACCAGGUACGGGCAGAAGAAUGAAGGAGUGGCUUUACAGGCGUACCUUGAGCGACAUCAAGAAGGUCAAGGCGGCUAUUCCUGUACCAGCUCGGGCCUUGUUGUAUGCCCAACGCAGCCCUGGCUUGCUGCUACCCCAGACGGCAUCGCGGACGACCCCACCCAUGGGAAGGGUGUCAUUGAGAUUAAAUGCCCGUACUCCACCCGAGACACCCCUCUCAAGUCUGCUUGCACCAAGCGCUCCUUCUGUCUGGAAGUGCACGGCCCUGGUGAGGAAUUGCGCCUGAAGCGACAACAUGCUUAUUACUAUCAGGUGCAGUUGCAAAUGUUUGUCACCGAGUGCUCGUGGUGUGACUUCGUUGUGUGGACACCGCAGGAACUGGUGGUGGAGCGUGUUUCGAAGGAGGACGGCUUCAUGGAGAAGUAUCUUCCAAAACUAAAGUCAUUUUAUUUUGAUCACUUGCUGCCGUCUCUUUUUGCAGAGGCAAUUUGAUAUUGGUGUUGUAACAUGAUCGAGUUCAUUUAGGUAGUCUACUGGCAAAUGGUGGUUUGCCAUGUUACUUUGUGGCAGAUGUACUCCACAAUAAUGUUAUUUUGCACCUUCCAAGGUGCACUUCCAAUGAACACCCUCCACCCACUGACAGUAGCACAGGACAUUUUGUCUUUUCGUUCCACUGGGAACGAUAUUGUCUGCAGCGGAUUCACAGGCUUGUUAUUCGGUUGAGUUGCGUGAAGGUGAAUGGUUUUAACAAUAAUUAUAAAUGCGAUGUCAAGGUCUUCGAGGACAGGCCAAUAUGUAUGCCUUGUCACAUCAAAGGAGGCUGUUCUUGUCAGACAUCAUUGCUUAUGUGUAAUAUGCAUAACAAAUUGGUGCAAAUUAAAUUCGGAAGAUGCCACUGAUCUACUGUCACGUAUAAUCACCGAUAUUAUUGCAUGUGUGUAAUACACAUAACCAUUUUGUGCAAAUUAAAUUCGGAAGAUGCCACUGAACUGCUAGCACGUACAAUCACCGAUAUUAUUGCAUGCGUGUAAUACGCAUAACCAAUUUGUCCAUAAUAAAUUCGGCAAAUGCCACUGA